GGCCUCUUUUUUAAAGUUGAUUGCGGCAGGCUUAAUGGUGUGAUUGUUAGAUGGUAUAAUAUUAAAAUUUUCUGCACCUAUGAGCUUAAGUUUUUAAAUAAUAUGGUAUUACAGAGAAGUGUUCUACCUAUUUCAAGUUCUAGUGAUAUAAUAUUAAAUUUAUCUUCAUCCAUCAACUUUGGACCUUAAACGGAUUCAUUGCAUUGACCCAAUAAUGAAUUUGUUGUUCUUGUGAUGGGAAAAUGUUGGCUUGCUUUAACCUGAGUUUCUUGUUAGGUCAUAGAUUGCUUUCUACGGGGUGGGAAAUUUUAUCAGAUAUUGUAUGAAGAAAUGGUUUAGAAAAUCAAGAAAUUGGUACAAAUGUUUUCUUUUUUAAUAUAAUUGAGAGGCCAUUUACGAUUUGAAAAAGAAGUCCUUAAAUAUGGAAGGAGAGAGACGGGGGGGAAAAGAAAGAACGGCUUUCUUAUACAGAUGACCUACAUUUUGUAUGUUAAUGUGAGGAUGACCAUAUGCCACAAACAACGUGUUAAUCAUCCAAAUUGUCCCUCACACACCAUUAACAAGAGUUUAGAGUGCAAAUGGGCGAGCGAGAAGAAGGAGUGAGGAAGGAAGAGCCCUACUUUUGUGAAAAUGACUUUAAUUUCACAUCCACCAAUAUUGCGGGGGGAGUAUGGAUAAUUAACCGUCUCUUUUUGCUUCUUGACAAUGGUAGAGAAUCAUAUUUCAUUAUUUUAAAAAAUUGGGACAAAUGAGAUCAUGAUAGCAAAAUUGAGGUUAUCCGUACAAAAAACCAAUGAAAGAAAACCGUCCCAUUCUGGCCAAAAUCACGCCCCUUUUCUCUUUUCAUUUAUUCCGACACCAUCCCAUUCUGCUGCUCAAGCUUAUUCGACGAUUCUUUGUUGGGUUCUGAGGUCUAGAAAUGGCUCCUAGAGUGCGAAGCAAAAAGGCAUUUUCUAUGUAGGGUUAACUUACGAAUUGAUGCUGCGCUCGAUGCUAUGAAACCGUUUGGAUUUCCUCUGAAGUUGGUUCGUGACACGGUUAAGGAGCUCCUUAGUGUGUAUGGAGGAGACGACGGAUGGGUAUUCAUUGAAGAAGGCUCUUAUACUCUCUUGAUUGAUACCCUUCUCGAGAAACAGAAAGAGGGUGCAAUAGAGUUGGUUCAUGAUAAUGAAAGAGCCAAAGAUCAUCAGGAGACCUCAAUAGCUAGCUGUUCGUCAAGUGCUAUCAAUGAAAUUCCCUCAAAUGAAGUUACAAUGAUCACAGCCACAUUGCCUGCAAAUGAUUCAGUACCUCACUAUGUUUUAGAUACAUUAUUUCCUGGAGAUGAAAGUUAUUGGAAGAGCGAUAAAGCUUCUGUUGACCAUGACCAUCUUAGGAGUACUUUUAAUCAGUCUUUACCUGCAUAUACCCCCAAAAUACGAAGGCGAAAACCUUAUCAUGGCUGGAUUGGUAACGAUGACAAGGAGGAGGAUCUUGUGUACUUAACCCCAGAUCAUUUGCCCGAAGAGUUUGCCAAAUUACUCAAUGCAUUUAGAAAAAGAAAGAAGCGUUGGGACGUGGAACCUUUAAAAUCAUGAGUUUUUAUUUGGCUGGUUUGUCUGUCGUUUGAGGAAAGAAGAUAGGUGAAAGUGUAAAUGGUAGUUUUUCUUUUUAGUACAAUAGGGAUUCGAAUUACAGACUUCUUGAGUACUAACACAUAUCGCAUACUAAUUGGGAUAUGCUCAGUUUGACAAUGUAAAUGGUAAUUCUGAUGCUUACUUUAGCUCUAUAAUUUAAUAAUAAUAUUAUUAUUAUUUUAAAUAAUCUCUCCUC